UAUCAGCAUGCUAGUGAGAUUUUAUUUGGGAUAUCACAGGUGGCCUUCAGCUUUGAGGAUCAGAUUUAACUGUGAUUCUAAAUGAGAAAAAGAAAUAACCUCCCCCCCUGUCCCAAAUUGACCAGCUUCAAGUUCUUAAAGUGAAUUGGCCUGUUUAUUCCUUGUGCCUGUCUUGUCAUAGCUAGCUCAAGGGGACUACCCAUGGGUAUAAGUUUAGGUCUGUGUCAGAGACUUUGUAGGAUUGAAGGCAGGCUGAUGAAUAGCAAGGAAAGAUUUCCAUUCUGAAAGAAUAAACAUGUGGCUUUUAUUCUGAGCUGAAUUGAAGUGAUUAAUGUUCGUGUCUGUCUUUCAAUCCUGGAAAGUGUCCCACAUGUCUAAUCAUGGACCGAGUGCUUUCUGGGGAAGAUGGCAUGGGAAAAUGCUGCAUGAGAUUAAAAGCCUUGUCAUUGAGGAACCAAAGUAUUGGCUGGAUGUUAUCUCUAUUUGGAGAAACUUUCAUGGGAGCGAGGGGAAAAAAGAUGAUAUCUCUCAAGAAAACAGUUUGCAUCUGAAGAGAAAAUCAGAACAAGAGACAAAUAUUGCAACUAAAAGGCAGAAAAAAGAACAUGCGAGAGAGACUGUGUCUGAGGAAUGUCAAGCAGAAACUGGAGAGAGGUGUGUGGUUCCAGAGAGAAAGAGUGAUCGGAACUGCCAGACUGAGAGCAAGACUUCCUCAGAAGUCCCUUCCAAAAGCAAUAGAGAGGAACCUGUUGCAAAUGAGCAGAUUAGCUUCAGAGUUUCUUGUCGUUGUAGUGGAGCAGUUGCCAAAAUACUUCCUUCACAGGAGAUUGGAAGAGCCAUCGGCAUAGCACUCAUGAAGCAGUGUGGGUGGCGGGCUGAUCUGCGGGACCCCGAUCUAGAGAUCUUUGUACAUCUUAAUGACGUUCACUCUGUGGUGGGGAUUCCUCUUUUCAGGCUUCCAUUGGCAAACAGAGAGUAUAUCAAAACAGCAGGACUGCGGUCAACAAUUGCGUGGGCCAUGGCAUCUCUGGCUGAAAUCAGUGCAGGUGCCUUUGUGCUGGAUCCCAUGUGUGGGCUAGGAACGAUACUGCUGGAAGCUGCCAAAGAGUGGCCCGAAGCCUGUUACUGGGGUGCUGAUAUAAGCGAUUCACAGUUAGAGGGUGCAGAUGUGAAUAUUAGGACGGCAAGCCUGGUGGAUAAGAUUGAGUUACUUAAAGCUUCUGUGAAAGUCUGCAUGGGUUGGUGGCUUUGUAGUACCGUUUGUGAGGAUAAUUACAGAAGGAGCUAUGAAUCCGGGUGCAUAACCCAUGGAAGAGCUGACAGGCAGUUUUGUAAGGUGAAUGGGAGCAUAGCUGGUGUUCGUUUUUCACAGUUGGAUGUAAAGACCUGCCUGUAUUCUGCAGCGUUGCCGUUGCCUUCAGAAAGCUUUGAUGCUGUGAUUUCGGAUAUUCCGUUUGGGAAGAAGUUCAAGAUCACAAAAGACAUACAGCUCCUUCCAGAUAUUCUCCAGGAAAUGGAGAGAGUACUUCGUGUUGGAGGCACUAUUGUAUUGCUGCUGAGCCAAGAGCUCCAUAAGCAUGUGGAUGGCAUUACCAAGGGUGCUGAAAAUGACUCUCCUCAUGCCAUUUCUGAUGGCGCAAGUGAAAGUGCCACUGCAAAAGCCCUGAGUGUUGAUGGGAAUUCUUCCUCCCUGGUGAAUGGUGUUGAAGAAUCCGUCCUCAGCAGCAGACAGACGCCUUUUGGGUCUCUGGUGCCAGAUGGUGUCUAUGGAGUUAGUCUUGGAAAGACAGAUGCUUUCAUAUACAAAUACAGGAAGAUCUCUUCUGGCAAUCGGUAGCUUUCUUGUACUGUGCCUAAGUGAUCAUGAAUCCUGAUACACCUGAAGAGCACAGGGCAGUGAGUCGGUGGAGCCCUGCUGAUCUGAACCCUGUGCCAUUUAUUAGCUCACCUCACUUUCUUUGGAUGUUCUGAGGCACUGCUUUUCUCUCUUUGGUUUUUAGGAGAGGUGGAAGAUGCCUACUAGUGUUUCAGAUGUUUUUACUGUAAAAUACUGUAAUGAGACAGAGUCCUCAAAUCUUUGUUUAGGUAAAGCCUCUCAGUAUUUGGAGAAGUUUCUUUGGGAGAGAAGGUCUUUGUUUGCAGAACUGCAAAAAUAAAUGUGGUAAUAUUAAACAUAAAGGGAUUUUUCAUAUUCAGUAGUAUUUUUUAGGAAGCACAUGUUGUCUGAAGAAGUCUCCAGCUCUUUGAGGGCAGGAUGUAUGCUUUAUCAUGUGCUUUGCAGUCUGGUAUUUUAUUUUAAAACUUGUUUCUGAUGAGUGUGAAAUGUCGCUGUGGCAAUCUCUUGGAGUGGAAAAUAAACUAUUUUCUGUAUUAAUUCUUUGCAGCGUUUGCAUGUGCCUAAUGCUUUAGGUUUUUAGGG